AUGUCAUUUUCCUUGACUCCAUCAAAUUCUACUGUUGUAAAAACUUCCCAAGGUGAAGAUAAAAUAAUUUAUGUAGAAUUUAAAGUGCCAGAAUAUAAUCGAGAUGCAUCUUUUAGUCUUGCAAAAUAUUCUUAUCGUGCAAACUCUGAGAAUCCUGAUAUUGAUGAGGGAUGGGUUGUUUAUAGAAAUGAUGAAAGUUUUCUAACUGUUGGGAAAGGAUAUGUAAUCGUUAAAGGGAAAUAUUGUGGUAUUUGUUCAACUGAUUUGGCUAGGCGAUUUUUGCCAUAUGAAUUGCCACAGAUUAUCGGACAUGAAGCUGUUGCUAUACAUAAAUCUAAGCCAGUUGUAAUAGAAAUUAACGCAUCACAUUUUGCUCGUGGAAUUACAAGCGAAUCUUGUCUUUUCUGUAAAAAUGGAUUGCCCACUCAAUGUCCAGAUCGUAUAACUUUUGGAAUAAAUCGCCAACCUGGUGGCUUGGCGCCUUAUAUGCUUGCACCUAUAAAUGCCAUCAUACCAGUUCCCGAUAAUAUAAGUUUGAAAGCAGCGAUAUUAACAGAACCCUUUGCGGCCGCUCUUCACGCUGUCGAGACAACUCCACCAAACAAUGGCUAUAAAGUCGCUGUCUUGGGACCUCGCAAAUUAGGAAUAUUAAUUCUUGCGGCUUUAUGUGAUUAUCGAAGAAAACAUAACCUUGAUUUUACUACAACUGCCAUUUUUCAUAAAGAUCCACCACAGCCAACACUAUCUUACCUUGCACAACAAUUGGAAGCACAAAUAACCACAACAUCAUCUUUGCUUCCAGAACAAACAUUUGAUAUUAUCUUCGACACCACAGGUUCCCCAGAAGGUUUCUUACACGCGAUAAAGCUAUGCAAAAAAAUUCUUCAUUUGAAAUCAACUCAUGGACGGGAAGUUUGUGGACUGAGACGAAUGUCAGAUUUUGUGGUUGACGAAUUCUCGCUGUUAAGAUUUGAACCAAAGAAUUUGGAGUUCAGUUGGCCUGGAGAAGUUGUUGACAAGAGAGGGAAUCCUAAUGUUUUUGUCAGUCCAUCUGUUGAUGAAAGUAUCGUUAAAAUGAUUAAAGGUACUGGAAGGAACGUUAUCGUUCUGGAAGUAGCACGUGCUGUAGAGUAUGUUAAGCAAUGGAUCGAACAGUCAAGCUCAGGAAAAGUUGAAGAUGAAAACUUGACGAAAUCACCGGUGCCAAGGUUUGAUUUAGCUGUUGUGAGUAAAAUCGAGGAUAUUGAUUUUAUUAUAAGACCCGUUGAUAACGAGGAAUUUUCAAUCCUUCGAGCCAUUCUCUACGCACCACCUUUGUCAAUAAAGGAAGAUAAAACAUCCAAAGAAAUGAAUCUACUUAAGAAAGCCCUUCAAGAAGAUAAUAUUCAGAUUUGGUCAACUAGAUGUGGUAAUCUUUCAAAUUCUCUAGAAAUGUUAUCUUCAAAUGAGGAUGUUACCAAAAUUUUGGAAGAAAAUAUGAUUUCAAAAGAGGUAAAAUUACAAGAUAUCAGAGAUGGAUUUAACCUUGCAGCUAGUGAAGAUGUUAUUAAAGUUAUCGUAGAUGUCGAAUAUUGA